AUAUCAUAUAUAUCCCCUCAUUCUCUCUGAUAUAUCCUCUUUAUCACAGUGCAUCAUCCUUGAGCUUUGGUUGCUCAGUGCCACUCUUGUGCUGACAUUUUCCCCUAGGAAUCGUCAAGAAACUUUCUGUUAUUGGAAAAGGGAUAUCAUUCCCCUCAUUGUAGAGGUGGGGCUAUCUGCCAAUGGGGAGGCACUCUUGCUGCUACAAGCAAAAGCUUCGCAAGGGUCUCUGGUCCCCUGAAGAGGAUGAGAAGCUCCUCAGGCAUAUCACUAAGUACGGCCAUGGCUGCUGGAGCUCUGUUCCUAAGCAAGCAGGCUUGCAGAGAUGUGGAAAGAGCUGUAGGCUGAGGUGGAUCAACUACUUGAGGCCUGAUCUGAAGAGAGGCACAUUCUCACAGGAAGAGGAAAACCUCAUCAUUGAGCUUCAUGCAGUUUUAGGGAAUAGAUGGUCUCAAAUUGCAGCGCAGCUUCCGGGGAGAACGGACAAUGAAAUAAAGAAUCUGUGGAAUUCAUGCCUCAAGAAGAAGCUGAGGCAAAGAGGGAUAGACCCUGUUACCCACAAACCACUGUCCGAGGUUGAAAAUGGAGGUCAGGACAGAGAUGGGGAGAAAGUUGCAGCACUUAGUUCCAAUGAACUGAACCUGCUGAAAUCAGAAAGCUCCAAGUCCGAUGGAGCUUCCUAUGAGCAGAAACCUUGUUCAAGUAUUGCCCCUAAAGCCUAUGCACAUGACAUGGAAGGUUCUUCUUCCACCUCCAAGAUGAACACCAGAAGCAGCACUAGUUUCAUCCCCGAUUGUUCCAGUAAAGACCUGUUCCUGGACAGGUUCAUCCCCAGUAGUCACCAGGAAAGCUACACCACUUCAGAUUUGAUGACGAAUUUCCCCAUUCACAUGACCUAUAACAAUCCAUCGACUGACCCUUCUCGUUGGUUCGCUCAAACUGGAGGAAGACCAUUUGAUAUCAAUACCGAAUUUGCCUCCAGCGCCGCGUCCACUGUUUUUCCACUUUCAACCCCUUCAUUUCUCCCUACUUCUGUUUGCUAUAAGCCUUCUCUCCCAGUUCCAUCAGAUGAUAUUUCUACAGGUUCCUUCUCUGUGAAUGAAUCCCAGUACUGGGAAGCCGGUGCUUCCAACCACAGCAAUAGAAACAGCCCUUUAAACUUGCAGAACAAUAUUGUUUCUUGGGGGUUGACAGAUUGCGGCGGUACUGCUAAAGAGACUCAUCAGAUUAAUAUGAUGGAGAGUCAGACAGAAGAAGCUAGGUGGGCUGAAUAUCUUCAUAGUAACCCAAUCUUAAUGCUGGCUUCUGUACAGAAUCAAGGUCCAGAAUCCUUAUGCAACGAAGUAAAGCCGGCCUCGCAUUUGGUACCCGAUGCUUUAGGAGCUAUUUUGCCUCGCCACAAGCAGCAAGAUCAUCAAUCCUUUCAAACUUCUACUAUAUUCUCAAAGGACAUCCAGAAGCUCACUGCAGCUUUCGGACAUAUAUAGCAGACUCUAUGUUAUAGAAAUUCUCUAUUCGAGGGGGCUUCCAGAGGAUUGAUCCAUGUUCUCUUCUUGAUCAGUACACAGGUGUGCGUCACAGAUUUUGCUCUUUGUACAUAGGCCUGAUACAACCAUUCCUUUCAUCCCCUUCAUUUUGGUAAUAUUUGUGAGCCGACCCAUUUUCCCUUUUGCCUUUUUCUUUUCUUAUCCUUCUUCCUCGGGUGUGGGGUAAAUUGUAGAAUAAGGAUUGAUCUGCUGUCAUGCUGUCUGUCGUCUUUCUAUCUCAUCUUUGCAGACUCUGUGAGUGCACUGCGAUGGUAGUGCAUUUUCUAUAUCUAAGCCAACCAAAUGUUUAUUGAGGCA